AUGUAUGAAAACAUGUCCACAAUGGUGUAUCUAAAGGAAGAAAAGUUGGAGAAGCUUACUCAAGAUGAAAUCAUUGCCAAAACUAAGCAAGUUAUUAAUGGACUAGAGGCACUGAAGAAUGAGCACAAUUCAAUUUUACAGAGCUUACUUGAAACACUGAAGUGUUUGAAGAAAGAUGAUGAAUCUAAUCUGGUUGAAGAAAAAUCAAACAUGAUUCGAAAGUCACUGGAGAUGUUGGAACUUGGACUUAGUGAAGCACAGGUAAUGAUGGCAUUGUCAAAUCACUUAAAUGCAGUGGAGUCAGAGAAGCAGAAAUUGCGUGCUCAGGUUCGCCGGUUAUGCCAGGAAAAUCAGUGGCUGCGGGAUGAACUAGCCAACACGCAACAGAAACUACAGAAAAGCGAGCAAUCUGUGGCUCAACUGGAAGAAGAAAAAAAACAUCUAGAAUUCAUGAAUCAGUUAAAAAAAUACGAUGAUGAUAUUUCACCAUCAGAAGAUAAAGAUACAGAUUCCACCAAAGAGCCUUUGGAUGAUUUGUUUCCCAAUGAAGAAGAUGACCAAGGACAAGGAAUUCAGCAACAGCAUAGCAGUGCAGCUGCUGCUGCCCAGCAAGGUGGCUAUGAAAUUCCAGCAAGAUUAAGGACCCUCCAUAAUCUUGUUAUCCAGUAUGCUUCCCAAGGUAGAUACGAGGUUGCUGUACCGCUUUGUAAGCAAGCUCUUGAAGAUCUGGAGAAGACUUCAGGUCAUGAUCAUCCUGAUGUUGCCACCAUGUUAAACAUACUUGCUUUGGUGUACAGGGACCAGAACAAAUACAAAGAUGCCGCAAAUCUCCUGAAUGAUGCCUUGGCUAUCCGCGAGAAGACUUUGGGCAAAGAUCAUCCAGCGGUGGCAGCAACUCUAAACAAUCUUGCAGUGCUUUAUGGUAAACGCGGAAAGUACAAGGAAGCUGAACCUUUGUGUAAGCGAGCUCUGGAAAUCAGAGAAAAGGUCUUGGGGAAAGAUCACCCUGAUGUUGCCAAACAGUUAAAUAACCUGGCUUUACUGUGCCAGAACCAGGGUAAAUAUGAAGAGGUAGAAUACUACUAUCAGAGGGCACUGGAGAUUUACCAAACUAAGCUGGGACCAGAUGAUCCGAAUGUUGCGAAAACAAAGAAUAACCUGGCAUCCUGCUAUCUAAAACAGGGCAAAUUUAAGCAAGCAGAAACUUUAUACAAAGAGAUUCUUACUCGUGCUCACGAACGGGAAUUUGGCUCUGUAGAUGAUGAAAAUAAGCCUAUUUGGAUGCAUGCUGAAGAGAGGGAAGAGUGCAAAGGAAAGCAAAAAGAUGGCACAUCUUUUGGAGAGUAUGGUGGCUGGUACAAAGCUUGCAAAGUUGAUAGUCCAACAGUAACAACUACCUUAAAGAACCUCGGGGCACUUUAUAGACGGCAAGGCAAAUUUGAAGCUGCGGAAACGUUAGAAGAGGCAGCAAUGCGAUCUCGUAAACAGGGUCUUGACAAUGUUCAUAAACAGAGAGUUGCUGAAGUGCUGAAUGACCCUGAGAGCAUAGAGAAAAGGCGCAGCCGAGAAAGCCUCAAUGUUGAUGUGGUAAAAUACGAGAGUGGUCCUGAUGGAGGCGAGGAAGUGAGUAUGAGCGUAGAAUGGAAUGGGGAUGGCACUGGAUCUCUAAAACGCAGUGGUUCCUUUAGCAAACUCCGUGCUUCCAUUAGACGCAGCAGUGAGAAGCUGGUUAGAAAGCUGAAGGGAGGAAGUUCACGAGACAGUGAACCAAAGAACCCGGGCAUGAAGCGUGCCAGUUCUCUGAAUGUUCUUAACAUGGGUGGCAAGGCUACUGAAGAUCAUUUUCAAGAACGAAAUAAUUGUCUGACAGACUCGAGAGCUCUGAGUGUCAGUCAUACUGAUUUGGCGCAUUGAGAUUCUUGGACAGAAGCUAGCUAAAAUUCCUUUGUGAAUAAAGAAGCACUGAGACCUUCAAAGCUUUGGUUCCUCAUCAUUAUGUAUAGGAACAUCUAGUUUGUAGAUUUUUGGGGGGGGGGGGCAAUGGACUGCUGUUUUUACUUUUCUAAUCAGUGACAAUUUUAAAUAGAGCAUUAGUGAGUAUUUUCCUCUAAAGAGAAACUAUAUAAAUAUUGCUCAUUGCACUGCUCCCAUCCAUGCUACUUAUGUUGGUUUGAUAGAUCCGACUAUUAUUACAACAGCCAAAAACUUGUAAAAAUACAAAUGCAUUUAAAGCAUACCAAAAUGGAGAGAUGUUUGAAAAUGCAGACGAAAUGUGUAACAGUAAAUAUAUACAGUGCUGGAAUCAGAAAAGGAUAAAUUAUGUGCAUUACUGUAUAAAUUCAGAUUCAGCAUACUGUAGUGGUGGGGCUUUUCUUUGCACCACUGAUUAUUUAAUGUUAAGAGACCAUAUCUGGCAAAACAGCACUUGGUUAUUGGCUUACUUAACCACUAGAUUGAGCUGUUAAAUUUAUUUAAAAAAAAAAAAAAGAUGAUGAUGGUUGGGGUUACCUUAUGUUUAAACGGCAUGGAUAGCAAUACCUGUGACCAUAAAUUUGGUAUUUGUUGCUAUAAGUUUUUAGGGCACAAUAAUCAAUGGAAAUAGGACAGUUAUUGUUGAUCAGGACAAAUGGAAAAUGUUUUGACCUUUGUCUUCUAUGGUUGAAGAACACUGAAGCGUCGGACUGCAACUGUCCUAGAUCCGCUGCUCUUGCUGUUAGGGAAACCUCAAGCCUCAGGUUGAUUCUUUCCUUCCUUGUCCACUGGAAUUCACAGUCCCAUCCUCUGCAUGCAGAGAGUUGCUCCAGCAUUUACGCUGAUCCCAAAUCCUGCCUUUCUUCAUAAUAGCUGAUGACAGCAGAAGCAAGUGAAGCAGGUGACUGCAAGCUCAGCUGUUAUACUGUGGAGUAGCUGCAGUGCAGAGGACCACUCAGAUCUUAAGGGCCCCAGUGGAAGCACUAGAUGGCGGUAUGUGGCAAGCAACAUGUUUGACCACACAUCCAUGUUAAAUCUUCUUACAGCUAAUAUAUAUGCUGUCUGUAUACAGGACUGCUGCUGGAACUAAGUAUGUAUUUUUAAAUGUUUUAUAGACACUAGUAUUUCCUUUUGUUUUUCUGUAAAGCUUGUAUUUUUUUUCAUCUUCUGUAAAAACUCCAUGUGAAGUUGGAUGAGAAAGUAAAAAAAAAAAAAAAAAAAGAAAGAAAAAAGUGUGUGUAGAAAUAUAUUUGUGAUCAUAGUUGUGUCGUUGGAAAAUGCAAAACAAAAUUGACUUUGGGAAGAGCUGGAAUAUUCAUCCAAGGUUAGCACCAACGGAAGGAGGAAAAACAAAAGAACACAAACAAGUUUUAGUAUUUGAAUAGGCUGUGAAGAAGUCCUUAGAACUAGUACUUCUUAGAAGUAUAUGACUGGUUUUGCAUCUGGUUUUAAACUGUUACAGUAACUGAUGCAAAAAGUUGUAUCUGUAAUGCACUUGACUAUGUUUACUAGGAGGUACCUUAUUAGCAUCUCUUUAAAGAAAGUUGCGUAUGGUAUACCUGCUAUAAAGAACGUUUGGAAAUGGUGAGAUAUGAUGCUGCUAAUAUGUAGAAGUUUUAGCACAGAGUAGUGCAAUUCAUUAAUGAAUUUGAGCAAGAACAAAUUGUUGCUCUGUUAUCUUAACGAUAUAUGCUCAUUUUAUGUAAACUCUUGAA